AUGGUUUUUAAUGUCUUGUCUUUGGAUGAACGAAGUUGUUUACAGUCAGAAAAUGAAAAUACCUGGGAAGUGCCAUUUGAGGAGAUCUCAGAGCUGCAGUGGCUGGGUAGUGGAGCCCAAGGAGCUGUCUUCCUGGGCAAGUUCCGAGCGGAGGAGGUGGCCAUCAAGAAAGUGAGAGAACAGAAUGAGACGGAUAUCAAGCAUUUGAGGAAGUUGAAACAUCCUAACAUCAUCGCUUUCAAGGGUGUUUGUACUCAGGCCCCAUGUUAUUGUAUCAUCAUGGAAUACUGUGCCCACGGACAACUCUACGAGGUUUUGCGAGCAGGCAGGAAGAUCACACCACGAUUGCUAGUAGACUGGUCCACAGGAAUCGCAAGUGGAAUGAAUUAUUUGCACCUCCACAAAAUUAUUCAUCGAGAUCUCAAAUCACCGAAUGUUUUAGUGACUCACACAGAUGCAGUAAAAAUUUCAGAUUUUGGUACAUCUAAGGAACUCAGCGACAAAAGUACCAAGAUGUCCUUCGCUGGCACAGUCGCAUGGAUGGCGCCAGAGGUGAUACGAAAUGAACCUGUCUCCGAAAAAGUCGAUAUAUGGUCCUUUGGCGUGGUGCUGUGGGAGCUGCUGACGGGAGAGAUCCCUUACAAAGAUGUAGACUCUUCGGCCAUCAUUUGGGGUGUUGGAAGCAACAGCCUACACCUUCCAGUUCCUUCCACUUGCCCUGAUGGAUUCAAAAUCCUUAUGAAACAGACAUGGCAAAGUAAACCUCGCAACCGACCUUCGUUCCGGCAGACACUCAUGCAUUUGGACAUCGCGUCGGCGGAUGUUCUUGCCACCCCACAGGAAACUUACUUCAAGUCUCAGGCUGAAUGGAGAGAAGAAGUGAAAAAGCACUUUGAGAAGAUCAAAAGUGAAGGGACGUGUAUACACCGCUUGGAUGAAGAGCUGAUUAGAAGGCGCCGAGAAGAGCUCAGGCAUGCUUUGGAUAUUCGUGAACACUAUGAGAGAAAACUUGAGCGGGCUAAUAAUUUAUACAUGGAGCUGAGUGCCAUCAUGCUGCAGCUGGAAAUGCGGGAGAAGGAGCUCAUCAAGCGUGAGCAAGCCGUGGAAAAGAAGUAUCCUGGGACCUACAAGCGGCACCCUGUCCGUCCAAUAAUCCACUCCAAUGCCAUGGAGAAGCUCAUGAAAAGGAAAGGCGUGCCUCACAAACCUGGGGUGCAGACCAAACGGCCAGAUCUGCUGCGGUCAGAGGGCAUCCCCAGCGUGGAGGUGGCUCCCGCUGCGUCCCCCCUGUCCGGAAGCCCCAAAAUGUCCACCUCGGGCGGCAAGAGCCGGUAUCGGAGCAAACCACGCCACCGCCGGGGGAACAGCAGAGGCAGCCACAGUGACUUCGCAGCAAUCUUGAAAAACCAGCCGGCCCCCGACCAUUCAGCCCUCCCCACGUACCCGCACCAGGCUCCAUCCCAGCACCCCUCUCUGCAGCAGCAGUACCAGCAGCCCCUGCCCGCCCCGUCUCAGAGUCACCACCCCAGGCUCCCUGUGCACGGCCAGGACAUUGCCACCUGCGCCAACAACCUGAGGUACUUUGGCCCCGCGGCCGCCCUGCGGAGCCCGCUCAGCAACCACGCUCAGAGACAGAUGCCUGGCUCCAGCCCUGACCUCAUCUCCAUGGCCGUGGCAGCGGACGGCUGGAGAAGUUCUGAGCCGGCCCAGGGCCAGGCCGGCCCCUGGGGCUGCUGCCAAGCUGACCCCUAUGACCCCUGCAUCCAGUGCAGGCCGGAGCAGUGCGGGCCCCUAGAUGGUCCCUUUGCUGAGCCGGUGGGGAGGAGUCCCGACCUUUUCAAGUCACCAGCACACAAUCUCCUCUCAGAAAACGCCCAAGGUUCUGAGAAAAUGGAAGAAAAUGAGUUCAAUGGCUGUAGGUCUGCCUCGUCCCUGGGCGUCCCUCAUCACAUCACCCCACCAGCGCUACCUCGAAAAACAAGGCCCCUUCAAAAGAGUGGAGAUGAGUCCUCAGAAGAGGAAGAAGGGGAAGUGGAUAGUGAAGUUGAAUUUCCGAGAAGACAGAGGCCCCAUCGCUGCAUGCGAAGCUGCCAGUCGUAUUCAACCUUCAGCUCUGAGAACUUCUCUGUGUCCGAUGGUGAGGAGGGGAACACCAGUGACCACUCCAACAGCCCUGAUGAGUUUGCUGAUAAACUGGAAGACCGCCUGGCGGAGAGGCUGGACGACCUGCUGUCCCAGACGCCGGAGAUUCCCAUCGAGAUCUCCUCACACUCAGACGGGCUCUCCGACAAGGAGUGUGCCGUGCGCCGUGUGAAGACGCAGAUGUCUCUGGGCAAGCUGUGUGCGGAGCAGCGUGGCUAUGAGAAUCCUAUGCAGUUUGACGAAUCGGACUGUGACUCUUCAGAUGGGGAAUGUUCUGAUGCCACAGUGAGGACCAAUAAACACUACAGCUCUGCUACUUGGUAA